GUCAGUCUUCAAAAUGUAUGUGCGUCCCUGUUAAAGCCGCAGCGUCAUUGUGGGGGCAGGCUACAUUGCAGUGGAGAUGGCUGGCAUUCUCUCCACGUUGGGGUCCAAGACCUCCCUCAUCAUUCGGCACAGCGAGGUAUUAAGGAACUUCGAUUCCUUGAUUAGCUCCAAUUGCACCAAAGAAUUACAAAAUUCCGGCAUUGAAUUGUGGAAGUACUCUCAGGUAAGAUCAGUGAAAAAGACGGCGACUGGACUGGAGGUCACACUGGUCACUAAAGACCUAGAGAAGAAUGAAGAGAAAACGAGCACCAUCUCUGAGGUGGACUGUCUGCUGUGGGCCAUUGGCCGUGAGCCGAACAUUGAGGGGCUCAACCUGGAGAAGUUGGUAAGGACCACAGUGAACAAACAGGAAUGUUUCUGGGAUCCAGAAUGAUGCAGCAUGAGGCCCAAGGAAGAGCAGUUAGUCUCAUAAAUAUCACACCAUGAACAUGAUUAAACUACCUUUGUAUCACACAACUUUGGCAGAAUAGCCACCUCGUCUGUGGGCCCUUGAGCGAGGCCCUUAACCCCCAACUCCAUGGGCCCCACUGCAUGUGUGUCUGUGUGCCAUGAAGGGCAAGAUGGGGUAGAUGAAAAGAGAACUUUCCCUCAUGGGAUCAGUAAAGUGCCAUUAUUUAUUUAUUUUAUUUAUCUUGUUGUUCUAAGCAACAAUAUUCUUGAAACAGGACGAUUCACUGUGCUUCUUUAUGUAUUUCCUCCCACGGUCCAAACACUUUGCUGUUAGGAGAACUGGUGUCUGUAAAUUGCCCAUAAUGAUUCCUUUGGCGGCCGGGGGGCCACCUGCCCUAAGCCUUGCUGCAGCUUUACUGUGAUCCUAUACUGAGUGAUGGAAAAAUUGACAGAAGUCCCUGCUGAAAGCCUGGAUUGAAAGCAGUUUAAAGCAGUUGUUGUGCCUCCUGGUUCCUCCAG